GGUGUCCUAGGCGCUCGCGCUGUGUUUUUCGCUCUUCCAAAUUUAUUGCUUCUUUGCUCUCUCUCUCGUAUUUUUACUGCGUGUGCUUUUACGCGGACGAACCCAGCCCGCAGGAGCUCAGAUCUGCUAGCCGCAAAACUCGCCUGAAUCCCCAUCGAAAUGUACAACAAUGUGGGGACCCAGUCUGAUGUUCCAAUACCACCGACAAAUUCUCAGCCUAAUCCAUUUGGAAAUUCAUUUUAUGGAGCCGGUUCGGGGCUUAUCAGAGGAGGAUUGGGUGCAUAUGGAGAAAAAUUUUUAGGAUCGAGCUCUGAAUAUGUGCAAAGCAACAUAAGCAGGUAUUUCUCAGAUCCCCAAUACUAUUUCCAAGUGAAUGACCAAUAUGUAAGGAACAAGUUGAAGGCUGUGCUGUUUCCAUUCCUGCAUAGGGGCCAUUGGACACGGAUAACUGAGCCAGUAGGGGGCAGACUCUCUUAUAAACCGCCAAUUUAUGAUAUAAAUGCACCGGACCUGUACAUUCCAUUUAUGGCAUUUGGUACCUAUGUCGUUCUUGCUGGGUUCUCAUUGGGUCUUCAUGGGAAGUUUAGCCCAGAAGCUCUGAACUGGUUGUUUAUCAAGGGAUUGUUGGGGUGGUUUCUGCAAGUUGCACUUCUGAAAGUGACAUUGCUUUCAUUGGGUAGUGGAGAGGCACCCCUGCUUGAUAUUGUGGCUUAUGCAGGUUAUACUUUCACAGGGAUGUGUUUGGCUGUCCUUGGGAAGUUGGUGUGGGGAUACUCGUACUAUUUUUUGAUGCCUUGGACCUGCCUAUGCAUGGGUAUUUUCUUGGUAAAAACAAUGAAGCGAGUGCUCUUUGCAGAGGCAUUCUGAAAUUGUCUUUUGUCCUCCGCGGCAUAAUGGUGUUUGUGUUGGACACCUAAGGCAGUUUCUGGCAACGCUGCCUGUAAUGCUUUCUCCAUGACUAAUGAACUCUGGCGGAAGCUUUCCUGACAAAAAGUUGUCAUCCAAGUACAGGAUUCUCCAUGGUCGCUCUAGUUUGGCUCCGUAUCCUCUUGGUAUUGGACCAUAGAAUUGAUUAUGUGCCAGAUUAAUUGUGGAUAAGUUCUGAAUUUUAACCAAAUUGGCAGGCAGAUAACCAUGGAAUUGGUUGUUUUGUGCAUCAAGCACUUGAAGUUCCGUCCCUAAUGCAGAGAAGUUGACCAACUCUGUUGCAGUAAAGUGAUUAUUUGAAACAUUCAGGUAAACCAGUCUAGGUAAUGAAAGAAUGUCUCUGCUAAUGACCCCUGAAAGCCUAUUACCACUUACAUCUAGCCGGAUGAGGUCUUUGAGCUUCUUAAUUGGAGAGAUGUGGCCUGUAAGUAUAUUAUAGUUUAUUGAAAGUGUUGUCAAUCUCACAGGAAAAUAUGGCAAGUUUCCAUAGAGCUGAUUGGAACCCAGAUCUAGAUAGUUUAGCUGCCACAAUCCUGUUAGGUCUGGGAUCGUGCCUGUGAGUGUGUUGCCGGACAAGCUUAAGUAGGUCAAGCUUCGUAAUCCAGAUAUAUUAGUUGGAAUUGAGCCAGAGAGUCUGUUUCCUGAAAGGUCUAGAUGUUCAAGAUUCUUGAGCAGAGUGAUUUCAUUAGGAAUGGUGCCUACGAGGGAAUUGGCUGCCAGGGAAAGUCUGGUGAGCUUUCUAAGUUUGGAUAUGGUUUCGGGUAUUGUUCUGUGAAUCUUGUUCUUACUGAGGUUGAGAAUGGUGAGCUCGGUCAGGUUCCCAAUUGAUGGUGUCAGAAACCCGUCAUAUCCAGCGCCAUCGAGAUCAAUUGAUAUAAUCCUGCUAGGAGAAUCAUCCAGAGGAAUACGACAUAAAAUUCCAAGAAACUGUUCACCUGCACAGUCGCACGGAUCUGCCAUGAAGUCCCAAGUAUUAAGGUAUGAUGUUGAGGAGAUCGAGUUGGGAUCAAAUGAAUGCUUCAGGGUACGAAGUACUUGGAUAUCAGAUUGCAGGGUUAAUGAAUGAAUAAACUUUGGAAUAAAACCUAGUACUGAAGUUACAAUGAUACACUGGAAACAAAGGGGGAAGAUGGAAUGCAGGAAUCUGGCCAUUAGUUCAGGCACAGCUGGCUUAUUGCUGGAUUGUUGGUACGAUUGGUUUCUCAAAUGCUUCUUAUAGUCAGCUUUGAACCCCCAGCAUGAUGUAUGGAAUAGCUGCUGAGAACCUGUGAAUGGGGAAAAAUAGUUGUUUUAAGUAAAUUCCAUGGUGCCAAGAACGUGGGGUACUUGCAUUGGUAUAUAUUUAGAGAAGGUUUGCUUGACGAUGGAGGCUGCUUUGGUUUUGAUUUUAGCCAAUUUAACCUACCCUUCUUUACUUUAAUCAUUCUUCUUGUCGAACACAAAGGUGAAUUGUCCCUCGGAUCUAGAAGUAUACUCUCUUAUCUUCAA